CAUUAUAUGAAUAGUUAAUUUCACAAUCUCUCUCUCUCUCUCUCUGUGCGCUCCAGGAUUCCUUUAUCCCUCUCAUAGAUAGCCAUAGCUUUGUUGACGUCCAUAGAACAUGAAAAGAUUGUAGACCCCCCACCCUCUUCACCACUGAGAAAAGUUGCAGAUCAGGAAAUUCAGAUAUAUUGUCUCCAAUCUUGUUAACCUUGAGCAGAAUCUUGCAAUGAUGGAAAGGCCUCAGCAGCAAAAGUUUGAAGAAAACAAUGUGGAAAAGAAAACUGAAGGAUACACGCUAGUAAAGGAAGAGAGUAAAGGAGGCCAGAGUGGAAAGCAAGCACAAGCAUCAUCAUCAACAUCCUCUUCCCCAGCUCAUGACUUCUCCUUCACAAUCUCUCUGCACAACUCUUCCUCAGCCACUGCCCCUGAUAAAUCCAAACCUCCAACUUCAUUUGCUCUUGAUUUAUCUCCUGCAGAUGACAUUUUUUUCCAUGGCCGCUUGCUUCCUCUCCACCUUCUCUCUCACCUCCCUGUUUCUCCUCGCUCUUCCACCACCUCCAUGGACAGCUUCACCCUCCCUGUUCGGGACUGCGGAAGCAUCGCCAGCAGCGAUAAGAGCAACUUCACCAUGGAAGACAUCAACAAAAACAGCAACAGUAGUAAUAGUAGCAGUAAUAGCAGCCAAGAAAGCAGGAGCAAUGGUGGGUCAAGAGAGGGAGGAAGCAAGUCCAAGUCAUCCUUCUCAAUCUUUGGAUUUACAAGAGGGAGAAAGGAGUGUCAGGUUACAGGGAAGGAAGAUGAUAAGGAGAAACACAAGAGGAAGGUGAGAUUGGAUUUGAUCCGUGUUGUGAAGAAAUACUUGAGAAUGGUGCAGCCAUUCGGGAUUUUCCAAGGGAGAAGAGAGAAAAUUGGACAGUCUUACUCAUAUUCAGGCAAUCUAAGUCCCAUAAACAAGAGAGACGUGGUCAAGGGAAGAAGAGGAGAGUAUUCAGCACCAGCUUCAAUGAGGACUUCACCUACAAAUAGUGGACUCUUGCUUCCAACCUCCACAUUUCCUCCUGCUAGUGAUAGUACCAUGGAAGAACUGCAAGCUGCUAUUCAAGCUGCAAUUGCCCACUGCAAAAACUCAAUUGCCAAAGAUGAUAAAAGUCAAAUGCUGAUUCAAGGGUAGAUUCAGAGAGAAAGUUUUUGCAUCUGCAUUCCCUAUUGAUUUAUAAUCAUAUAUUGCUAUCUUAUUUGAUAUUUUGUGCAUAAUUAGAUACAUCAAUAAAAAUGUACUUUUAGUGUGAUGCCAAAUGGAAGUGCCACUUUAUUUGUUA